ACAGUUAGCACCACUAAUUUCGUUCACUCAGUCGUCUCACGCACGUCUGCCAUCUGAGAGGAACCAGCAGCAUGGGGGGCGAUCCUCAUCACACCUCACAGCGACAGGCUCGCUCAAAUCGUGCGAAUGAGGAGAAGGAUGAAGGGCCGUCUAUGCAGCAGAUCAAUGAAGAGUUCGUGACCCUCUACGAACUCCUGGAGAAACAGGGACUGAACGAGAGCGAGUGGGUGGCCGUGACGCAGCCCAUCGUCGACGUCGUCCGCAAGGCCAAGGUCCGGCAGCGGGCGGCGCGGAUGGCCAAGUGGGUGUCCGUCUGCGCCGGCCUCCUGCUGGCCACGCACCUCCUGCUGCAGAUUUCGCUGGUGCAGAAGGCCGGUCACGUCCUCUUCAGGCACUUCCUGCUGCUGAUCUUGCCUCGCUGGGACUGGACUCGCGUCUACUACUCGGACUGCUUCAUCUCCAACCCGUACUACGUGAGCCGAUCUCUGCUGGAGGAUGACUGCAAUGUGUGCGAAUCCCUCGAGAAGAUGGACCGGCUGUCGAACGUGUCGUCUUGGGUCGUCACGGAGGACUACUUGAAGAACGACGUCCCCUUCUUGGUCACCGACGCCAUGGACGACUGGCCCGUCAUGAACACGGAGGAGUUCUGGUUCGACAACGUCACGGAGAUGUACCUGAGCGAGGAUCUGCGAGGCGUGUACCCGUGCGAGCUCACGUCCAACCUCCGCCUGCGCCCGGACGACCUGCGGACCUUCCUCAAGAAAAUACACAAUCCUGACGUCCGGCGGUGGUACGGUCACUGGGAGAACUGCAACAAGAAAGCAGCCAAGGUCCUGCGCCAGCUGUAUCGGCGCCCCUACUUCAUCCCGCACAUGGUCGAUCUGUCGGACUCGAACUGGGUCCUCUUAUCGUCGGACUUCAAGGGGAAAGUGUACAAGGAGGUGGACUUCCACACGGAGCUCCUGUGGGUGGCGCAGGUGCGCGGCUGGAGCAAGAUCCGCCUCGUGCCCCGAGAGCCCUGCGACCACUUCUGCCCCGAGCUGCUGGACACGCUGACGGAGGGGCACAUGGUUGUGGUGACAAACCUUUUGUGGAAGUUCGAAUACAUCCCCGGGGAACACACCGACAACAUGGCCGUCGCAGUGGGAGGAUUUUGGACCUAGAGCGCCGUCGGCCGCAUCGCGAGGCGCAGGGAUUACCCGCUCGAAUUUUCCUUAGUCAUAGCAAAUUGAAUCAAGAGAGGACUGAUGUCUUGCGAGUCUACAUUUUUCUUUGCGAUUUUUAUUCCCUUUUUUGGGUUGUGUUGUUCCUAUUUUCAAAAUGACAAGAGGGCCAAAAGACAGAAAUUUUAGGAUUUAAUCGGAUAUACGAGAGGUAUGAGUAAUAUACUGUAUACCUCCUUUAUAGAAGUCACACAAAUUAGACCAAAGAAUUAUCACAUUUAAUCAGACUAAAUUUCCAUUAGAUGCAUCAAACCCUUCAGGUCUAGUCAACCGUCACCGCAUGGAUCUUGUUCAAAAGCAUUCUUCCUAAACAUCAUGUAACAUUACAGAUUCACCUGGGGAAACAUGUUCAUAAUUCGUGGAAACGUGUUCAUUAUGCAUUUCCUUCAUUUCAUGCGUUAUCUAUUUAGCAUUUCCAAAGACGAAAAAACAGGAUUUCUGUUGCCUAUAUUUCACUGAUUUUCAUAAUUUUAUUUGUUGACUCUUCCUCGAGUAAUCUAAUAGAAUUACAUUCCUAUAGAUCGUAGACGAAGUUGUAAAAGGGAUAUUUUAUGACUUAAAAAGGGCGAAAAAGAACCACUUAAUGGUUGUGAGGGAAGAGAAGGCUUAAAAGGAAGGGAAACACUUUUAUAUGUUUCGGUAUAUUAGAUCUGCGACAUUACUGAUUCCAUUUGUGAAUGAGACUUUCCUAUUGUAUUUUAUGUUGUUUUUUCGUUACAUUAAGAUACGUGUAUAAUUAUAUUUGUUAACUGUGAUCUCAGUUUUAGGUAACAUGUUCAUAAAUAUGUUUUGUCAAAUACGAAAAAGUUUUGUAUUUAUUAAAACGAUCAGUGUUAUGGUGGCAUCAGUACCUUCAACAUGAAAUACAUAUGCGAUAUAAAA